CCCCCCCCCGUUGCCAGAGAUGUCCUCCACCAGCCUGGCCUUCGACAAGGAGGUGUUCAGCUCCUGCUUCGAGGGCAGGGUGCCGGUGCUCUUUCACUUCCAGGAUUCGACGGAGCCUGUCUUCCACCUCAUCCCCCGGAACACCUACCUCUCGCUCUAUGUGGAGCCGCUGCUGCAGCGCCUGGCCUCCCCCGCCGAGGAUGGGACCGUGCCGGUGCUGGAGCGCCAGCAUGUGCACUUCGAGCACAAUGGCACCCAGUUGCCACUGGGCUGGCCGGUGGGCGUUCUCUUUGACCUCCUCUGCCGGCCCUUCCCCGGGGAUGCCGGCUUGAACGUCGGGGCGUCGGUGCCCAAUUUCAAGCUCCCCUUCCUGGUGACAGUCCUCUAUGACACGGCCCAGAGCAAGGAGUCCACCUUCUUCCUGACACAGCGCCCGCUCGAGGCCACCAUCAAGCUGGAGGACGCCACCCUGCACCACUGGCAGUUCUCCUGCAAGAUGGCCGAGCACUUCGCCUACGGUGCCACGGAGGUCUUCUUCAAGCUGCCGGAUUCCGUAUCGCGCCAGGCCUUCGGCGCUCUGAAGGACGUCUCCAGCAAGGAUUACCUGGGGGUCAUGCAGCAGUUCUUCGACCGGCCCUCCCAUGAGGCGCCCUCCUUUCUCCCCUUCCGCCUGUAUGUGAGCAAGAGCAUGUCUUGCAUCACCCUGCCCGUGAAGCCGACCCUCGAGGAUGCCGGCCGCGCCACCACCCUGGGGGAAUACAUCACCGCGGUGGCCCCUUCGGAAGCGGCGAAGCUCAACACCAAGUUGAUCGCCCUCAUUCAUGGCAUCAGGGUUCCCCUGUCGACCCCGUGCCUGUGGCUCAUGGUCAACAUGUGCCACGCCGACAUGUUUGUGCAUGUUGUUCUUAGACACAUCUGAUGCACAUGGCCCUGUGGCUCUU